AUGGCUGAGUCUAGCACUUCUGAUCCGUAUGACCCGGCCGAACAUUCAGAGACUGGACCUAAUCCCGACGACAGAAUUUCGGCACCUGAUGAGAUGCAUAGUUCCACAGAUACUCAAACCGCACUAACAGUACAACCAAAAAUGUUCGAGCAGUCUCGUGUAGGUUUGGAUAUUGAAAUGAAUUACCUUUGGAAUCGCCUCAAGAACAUUAUCAUUACGAAGGGCAUUUUGAAUGCGGAAGAGGUCACUGGAAAUCAAUACGACAAGAAAGAACGAAUUCCUGAAGGGCUCCAUGCCUCAUGGUCUCCAGAGUUGAUAUCCCAAAGGGUCAAAUGGCGUAUGCGAACGAUAACAUGGUCUAAGUUUUAUCCAUUUAGAUCAGAAGAGGACUGGCUAGUUCGAGUAGAUCACUUCUACUACCAAGGAUGUUCGGCUGAUCAUGAGUUAAUCGUGCUAUUCGCCGUGAAGAAGAAUCUUCCCAAAUUACUGAGGUUAAUUAGACCCACGGUACCUAUGCAAGUUACAACCAGCCCCGAAAAUGUUGCCAUGGUUUUCAAUUCAGACCUUGAAUAUAUCGAGUGGGCGAAAACGAUGCUUAUCAAAACCAGAAAGAAUGACUCCGAGUCAGACCAGUCAGAUAUAUGUGUUCUCGGCAAUUUUCUCAGAGGAAUCUCCCUCGGAUAUAUCAACGACCAGGUACCUGUUCACAUUAAUGAUCAGCAAACCUCUUCAAGGCCUGAGGACACAGCACCUGCCGUAGCCAGAGAUAAGAGCGACUUAUCAAACGAGAUUUCCGGAUCUCAGGAUGUGCCUGUGUCUCCGUCGUCAAAGGAGCAAAACAAGCAGGAAAAGGACGCACCACUAAAGCACUCCCAGCCUGAGAACAUUAAGUCGGGAAACCAGAAUGACAGAGCAUAUGACAUCAAGUCCAGCAAGAAUUCUCAGUAUUAUUUGGGCCACGACCCUUCUGACGAUGAGUCUGAAUAUGGAAAUCCAGAACUGAAAAUGGAGGAGAAAAAACUGGAUAACGAAAGAGUCAUCAACGGCAACACUGAUCAUCGGUCCAGAAGCACAGCCUCGGAGAAUCCUAGCACUGGAGAGAAGUUCAGUUUCAGUCAUAGUACGGAUGAGCUCAAAGAUACCAAACUCAGGAUCAGAAGCUUUGAAGCGACCAUUCGUGUCCAACGUCAUAGCAUCGCUGACUCUGAAGAAAUAGAGCAUACCAAGGACUCCAUAGUCCUCAUGCUCACUGAAGAGGCUGCAACCCUUAGAGGUAACUCUAGGAAACUUGAAAAAGAAACUACAACCCUUAGAGAGAACUCUAGGAAGCUCGGAGAAGAGUUUGAGGACCUUAGGGGGAAGAAGCGGCUUUUGGAGGAUGAAUGCGCAGAGCUCCGUCGUGCAAAGAGGCGUCAUUCCUGA